UUGUAGGAAGGAUGCUGCCCUGCAGGCUCCUGGGUCUGCUGGCUCUCCUUGUGCUCUGCAAAGGUCAGGAGGAGAGUGGGGCGGGUGAGUCCUGCGACAACUUCACAGACCUUGACCUGUCCCAUUGCUUCAUGGGAACCAGCCUGUACGUCCGGCUGCUGCUCUACACCCGCUCCAACCUUGACUGCGGACACGAGCUCAACCACCACCACCUGUCCACCCAGCCACUCUUCAACCUGUCACGCCCCACCGCCUUUGUCAUCCACGGCUACAGGCCCACUGGAGCGCCCCCCAUCUGGAUAGACCACCUCGUCCACCUGCUGGCCAAGCAGGAGGACAUGAAUGUCAUCGUGGUGGACUGGAACAGGGGGGCAGCCAACCUCAACUACUUCACAGCAGUGAGCUACACCAGGGAGGCGGCUUACAACCUGACCGGCUUCAUCAUGACCAUGCAGGAGGAAGGAGCCUCUCUGAGCUCAGUCCAUCUCAUCGGUGUCAGUCUGGGAGCUCACCUGGCUGGAUUUGUAGGAGCAAACCUGAAGGGGAAGAUUGGACGAAUCACAGGUCUGGACCCAGCAGGACCGAUGUUCACUAGCGCCACACCAGAGGAGAGGCUGGACCCAUCAGACGCCAUGUUUGUGGAUGUACUUCACACAGACAUGAACUCAUUCGGACUGAAUGGAGCUCAUGGUCAUAUUGACUUCUAUGCCAACGGUGGAGCCGACCAACCAGGGUGUCCUAAAACCAUCUUUGCAGGUAAAUCUUAUUUUGUGUGUGACCACCAGCGCUCAGUGUUUCUGUUCCUGUGCUCUCUGAACCAGACCUGCAGCCUGACAGGUUACCCGUGCUCGUCCUACAGCGACUUUCUGGAGGGACGGUGUCUGCAGUGUGAGGCCUUCAGACCUGCAUCCUGCCCUGUGCUGGGUUAUGAUGUCAGCCAGUGGAGAGAGACUCUGCUGCAACUGGGACAGACCAAAGUCUUCUUCAGCACCACGGCCACGCUGCCCUACAGGAAGCUGAGCUACAGAGUGGACAUGGUGACCUGGAACCAGUACCUCCGCUGGGGGGUCGUCUACAUCUGUCUGCACAGUGGAAGAAACUUCACAGAGGCUCGAAUAGACCAUAAGCUCCUCCGGUUUGAGCAAUAUACCUCCACCCGGCUGCUGGCCCAGUUCGACGAUGAUCUGCAGCAUGUCCAGAAGAUCUCGCUGCGCAUCAACACUGGCAACGUGAUUGGCCCUCGUUACAAAAUCAGACUGCUGCGAAUACGCUUCACACCGCUGGAGCGUCCUGAGAGGCCUUUAAUGUGCCGUUUUGAUAUCAUCAUGGAGGAGAACAUGGAGGUGGCGUUUCGACCUUUACCCUGCAACUCUCGCCUCUGACUCCCCAAACAGAUACAGCUCUUCUUUUUCUAUUGUGGAAACACAUUUAACUCACCCAAGCCCAGAUGUCCUCUGGGUGCUACAGGGUCUCCUGUCUCACAGGGGGACCUCCAGGACGACCCCUCAGGUGGAGCUGCAGCCUCCUCACUGGGUUAUCACGACCCAACUGGUGCUGUGGAUCACUCCUGCUUACUGGAACAUAUUGUUACAUAUGACUGAAACACAUCUGUCUCUGCUGGUGCUGAUGGGAUUUUUGGAAAGUUGAGUGUUUAUCUGUGAGAUCAGGAAACACAGCAACAAGAUUUUUAACCAGGUUAAGGAAAAGCUGCUGCAGGAGAGACGACACGGUGAAAUCAGUGUUCAGAACCUCUCAAUUUCUGCUGCAUUUAUACUACAAAAUACAUUUAACCUGUAACUGCAGUGAAACUGACAGGACUGCAGAUCUGUUACACAUCUAUCCUGUAUUCAUUGUUGAUAAAUAUGAUAUGAAAACCAUGUGGUGAUAUUUAGAAGCAUUAACUAAGAAAAUAAUCUUUUCUCUGUGGGAGAAAUUAACCAUUUAAAGUUUCUUUGGAUUAGCUGGUAUUUGGAGCCAUGUGGUUUUUCACAGGAAAACAGGGAUAUACAAAAAAGAUUGGGCUUCAGACACCAAUGGAUUUACAAAACAUUCACAAAACCUUUUCAUUAUUUUGCUUUUUUUUCCUCAGAUUUAAAUGUUGUAUUUGCAGCAUUUGCAACAGAGCCAAAAUUUUAUCAUGGAAAUUUAAAACGGGUUAUUUAAAAACAAAACAAGGUAUAUAAAGUGCUUUAACAAAAGGUUUUAAUUUGUUAUUGAGAAGUGAUUUUGUUUUAUUGAAAAGUAAUGUUCUGCAGGCACCUUUUAUAUUUACAGUAAAUAAAUAAAAUGUAUUAUAAUUUCUGCCCUGAUAAGCAUUUAUAUUAAAAAAACAAAAAUUGAGCAAGACCAAAAGUUACAGCUACAUAACAAAACAAAACAAAAACCAGGGAUAAAAAAUGAUGUCAAAAUCAAUGAUUAAAACUUAAAAACUAAGUCUACUUGAAAAAUAAAGGAGAUUAAAAAAUUGUUCUUUAACUUUUCUUUUUGAUUUCUGACAUGUUGGAAUUGAGGGUGUUGUAAACUAUUCAUAUGCUGGACUUUAGCCCCAGACACACCAAACCAAUUAUUGUGGCGCCCCCAGAUUUCCUGUGUCACAGCCAAAAAGUUGAAUGAGGCGCCCAGGAACACUGCUCAGCAUUGCAGCAAAUUUUUUAAAAGUGGCCACUUACAGUAUUGCAGUGUAAAAAUCUCCUGCGGCCGGUAGACCACCAUUACAAAAGACACAUCUUUAAAAGUGUUGACAAGACACUUCAUACUGCAAACAAGGUCAAUUAUGAUUCGUUCUACUGUGAAUGUUUGAUCCAUGGUGGUUUUAUAUCUGUAAAACUUUCGAGUUGAGAAAAGUGAUUUAAAAAUCUGUGAUGUCAUUACAAUGCAAAGUCUGUGAGCAGAGCAGGGACUCACAGACUAGGCCAGCGAGAGAAACACUAACUGCACACAUUCAGUGGGCCCCAUACCACUAAAGUGAACUUGCAAACUAGAAAACUUUUUUGACGUAUGCGCCAAGCAAGCAACAUCAGUGGAAUAAAUAGGCGCCAUCUUGGUAUCUGAUAUCUAGUUAUUGUUAAAAUCUAUGACUUGAGCACACUGAAAAAUUACAGCCAAGAGCCAACUAGCGCAUACAUUCUGUGCCUGUGUGAGAGGAAGUAACUCACCACACCAGCUAGUGGCUGUCAUCUGUAUCAUUCAAAAAGGGAAACCAGGAGACCGAGGUUUCAAGACGCAAUACAGCACAUUAACAACACAACCUGAUGUUGAAAGAACAAAGGAUAUUUACAGUGCGUCAUUGAAAAAUAUCACAAUUACAAAUUAUUUCUGCUAAAUAGCUCGAUGGGUCAGGGAUAAUCAUACCUCAUGUAACAAGUUUUUGAUCGCACUCCCUCUUAACUUUAGCCAUUUGUUUAUUUUCCUCACUUGCAUUUCUCUUCACGUGCACUGUGCUGAACUGUCAGUCAGAAUGAUUUUAUUCACUUACAUACUCUAUCAGAUCCGAUGCAGGUUCAACAUGCUGAAUUGGCUGAAACACAGCCAAUAAGGCCUGACUAGUGCCAAUGAUGUUGGACAAACAACAAAAACUAGGGGGAGAAACGUUCACAGAUGACCUGACAUUGACCAACAGCCGACCGCUGAUUGGUGUGUCAGGGCCUUUUGACUUUAAGGGCAAUCUCAUAUUUUUGGUAAGUUCAUCCCUAAAAAAAAGGUUACAAUAAAUUCUUGUUUACCAGAAAAAAACUGGAUCCCCAUUACAUAAUGUUAAAAUGUAUUAAGAUAAACUGUUAUGCUUCAUUUUUCAAGACUGGAUAACUUUUGCACGUUUGAGGUUUGCCGUUCGUCCCACAAAAGGGGUGUGAAAUCUUUAAAUUUCCUACUUUUGAUCAGUUUCAGUGCAGUUACAAAAGCAAAUGAAAAUGCAGCUUAUUUCCUCUGAGUGCCUUCUAACCAACAAUUCUCAACCCUCUUCCUGUUUUCAUGCUGCAAAUAUAAUGCAAGUACUUUAAAAGGCCAGUUUAAAGACAAGUAAUCACCCAGUGGGGCUGAGAGCUGCUGCUUUAACAGUGACGCUGCUAUGACAUUUGUCCACAGCAAAACAAAACCAGUCAUAAGCUGUUGUACUACAGUUGUGCUGUAUUACUGUGAGAAGCUGUUAAUUGUGUUUUAUUCUGAAAACAAAGGUAGCUAUGAGGAAAUGUUUGUAGCUUGUGAAUUUGGGGACUUACUUUAAUUGAUCUUUUAGAUGUUUAAAGAGCAUGUUAGGGACUUUAGUGUCAGUAAAUGUUUCAUGUUGUGAAUAUUAAUUGUAACUGAGCAGCCAAUACAAAGAUGUGUAACUCAUGAAAAAUGUGUCUCAGUGUUGAAAACCUAAAUUGUUGUCUUUUUUUAUGAUGUAUUUUCACCUGUGGAUUGAAAUAAAUAUUCACUUGACAGUAA